AUUCGGAAGAGUAUGUCGAACGAGAACAGCUACGUGGUCAGUCGUCAAGAAAUCCGAAUAGAGCUGGGUCUCAGCUCAGCGGGCUGUCGCAGGCAUCUCAACUGGAUUUGCUCUCGGUCGUCAUCUGAACUAGCUGUCUGGGCACCAGCCGCUGGCCGCAUGAUUUGUUUCCUUCAUGAAUGCAGCGAGUAUCCCAUUCACGCCAUUUUGAUGAAUAGACUCAGGGAUUGGAGAGUGUGGAGAGAAUUGUAGACGAUACUUGAAUGGGGAAGGGGAGAUGGCUGAACUGCGGUUGUGUUCGACAUUCCAAGUCACAGAGCUCAUGGAACAAAACCGCAGUCUUCUCGCUUCUCAUUGGGCCCAUUUUAUUCUUCCUGGCCAUGGCUCUGCAAGACGACUUCUCCUGGUCUGGAGUACUGGGAGUCGAGGCAGUGAAUGGGCUUGGGCCGUCCUCAUUUUCCAGCAAAUCCCGCAACAAGAACUCGGACGCAUCCUCGUCAUGUAUGAGCAGGAUUCAGCACAUGAAUUAUCGACCAGCCUCGCAAAGGAUUGCACCAUCUCGUGCCUGGGAGAAUGCUCUUCGUGCGUACGAGAGAUUUCACACCAAAUGCUCGCAAGGCCGCAACUGGACCCAGGAGUUCCUGCAGGUCAACAAGUCCGCAGCUGCUGCAGCAACAUCAAGUGAACAGGAAAGCUGUCGAGUUCUGGUUUUCAUCGAAGGACCAGCAGGCCUGGGCAACCGACUGCUGUCGUUGGCUUCUGCAUUUCUCUACGCCCUUCUCACAGAUCGAGCCUUCUUAAUGGACUCGCGAGGGCAUCUGGCCAAACUGCUGUGUCAGCCGUUCCAGGAUUCGUCAUGGCUGCUGCCCUCGGACUUUCCUUUUGAAGCCCUGGACGCAGCACCAUCUCUCGGCGAAGCAUCUGCUCUGAAUUUCAGCAGCUGCACCGCCAUGGUCAGCCUGCAUUUGGAUCAUGCGCAGAGCAACGGGGACCAGCAAUUCUUCUGCCCUUCGACCCGAGAGAGUCUGAAAUCUGUGCCGUGGCUGACUUGGACCAGCAACCAAUACUACGUCCCGAGGUUCUUCACAUUCCCCGAGCUAUGGCAGCCGCUCGUCUCUCUCUUCCCCAACGUGUCGCUCGCAUUCACGCACUUGGCCCGAUCUCUGCUGCUUCCCAGCAACCCUGUCUGGGACAAAAUCCUUCGAAUCUACUCCUCGUACCUCUCGCAGGCCCAGCAGCUGGUGGGCAUCCAGAUCCGAAGGCAUUCGAUCCCCAACAGCGGAGAGUACGACGACGCAGCCUUCCAUCGAAUUCUGUGUUGCCUCGUCGACAAUAAGAUGCUGCCAAACAUCGGCCGAGCGAACGGGGCCUCGAGAGCCAUGAGCCUCAGCUACGCGGUGCUGGUCACGAGCUUGCAGAUCAGAUUCUUCGAGGAGCUGCGAGACGUCUAUACCAACAUGGCCACGGUGGACGGGAGCCUGGUGCGUGUGCACAUGGUGUCGCACGAGGGCAUGGAGUGGCACUCGUACGACCAGGCGCACAAAGCGUUCGUCGAGAUGUGGCUUCUGAGUCUGAGCGAUCGCGUGGCCACCAGCAGCUUCUCGACCUUCGGUUACAUCGCCCAGGGCUUGGGAGCCUUGCGCCCGCUGAUCGUGGAUUUACGAGGCGACAUCGCACAGCAGACCGGCCUCCUGCAAUCCUCGGCGCCCUCGUCGAGCCGCCAUUGCUUCUUCGGCCAAUCCGUCGACCCUUGCAAUCACUAUGCCUACUUUCCGCUCGGCUCUCAAUGCUUGGGCAACGAAUCUGCUCUCUCGGACGCGCACCAGACUUGGAUCAACCACCAUGUCCGCUUUUGCCAGGACUUCCCUCAAGGCCUCCAGCUCGUCACCUAGACAUGCAAGCAAGGUCUCAGCCGAGCCACAGCCUUCAACCCCAAGGCGUGCAGUGCAGUGCAGCUCCAUGAUCGAUUUCAGAGCACAAGUACCGUCAGGACUGCGCACAUCUUUGGCCUCUUGGACAUUGACUCAGAUGUGCAGAAGUACAUGCAUUCGAUCAUAUUAAUCUCUUCUCGUGAAGCAAUUACGUGAAUAUCAUGGCUUGACCGUCGAUCAGCCUUCACGCCUAUCACUGUAACAAUGUCCUUGCACGCUGAUGAUUGGGCUGCCUCCCAGUCUCCAUUCGGGGUCCCCUGUUUGGAUUUGCUCACUAGAUCUUUUCUUCUCACAUCGCGGAGAGACUUAUGUCUCUUUUUAGUACUUGAAUUUGUAUCAAGUUCCACACUUGUGUCUUAUAUUUUCAUGUCUAGUCUUCGUGUUUCGGUUGCAUACUUACAUGGUAUAAUUUUUUGGAAAAGUAUAUCUCUUUUAACCUCGUUUGUGAAGUUACAUGUAUCGAUGCAUAAGUCAUCGAUUUGUCAGAAUGCAUCAAUCUUGAACAUACUGCUUACAGAGUAAUUUUCU